AUGUCAAGGGGCUCCAUCUUCGAAAUCCCUCGCGGGUUGCACAAUUGUUGCCAGUGUGAAGCUUAUGUGAGGUCCAGGUUGGGUGGUAAGGCACAACCUUCCUUGCUCAACUUGAAGCAACUGAGUCACUUGGACCUAAGCAACAACGAUUUCGGGGGAGUUCCAAUUCCAAGCUUCAUUGGUUCUUUCAAGAGCUUAAGAUAUCUUAACCUCUCCUAUGCAGGAUUUGGGGGAGUAAUCCCUCAUCAACUCGGGAACCUCUCGAGUUUGCAAUAUCUUGAUCUUAUUGGAUAUUUCGAGGGACUAAUUCCUCAUCAACUGGGAAAUCUUUCAAGUUUGCGCUAUCUCAAACUUCGUGGUGGUUUUGUUGAGAAUCUCCAAUGGCUUUACGGUCAUUCCUUGCUGCAGCACAUUGAUUUGAGUUAUGUCAACCUUACCAGAGCAUCUGACUGGCUUCAGGUGACAAAUAUGCUCCCUUCUUUGGUAGAGUUAAGCUUGUCUGCUUGCAGUCUUGAUCACUUUCCUGCUCUACCUGCUGUUAAUUUUACUUCUCUUGCAACUCUUGAUCUUUCCUUCAACUACUUUCAAUCUUUUUCGAUCCCUGAUUGGUUGUUGAUUGGUCUCAAAGGCCUUGAUUCUCUUAAUCUUCAGUUCUGUGGUUUGCAUGGGCCGAUUUCGAGUGGUGUUCGAAACAUGACCUUUCUCAGAAAUCUUAUUCUAUCCUAUAAUUUGUUCAAUUCUACCAUACCUGACUGGCUAUAUGGUUUCAGCCAUCUUGAAUACCUUAACUUGUCAUUCAAUGACUUGCAAGGUGUGAUCUCUAGUGCAAUAGGAAACCUUACUUCUCUCACUACCUUGACUUCUCAUUUAAUAAGAACUCAACUUUCUGGCCAUUUUCCUGAUGCCACUCGUCAACUCAGGCAAUCUAAAAAUCUGGAAGCCCUCUUUCUUUCUAGUUGUUUUGUUUUCGAUCAUAUUCCAUUAGCUUUGGGAGAAUUAUUGACCUUGCAAUAUUUAGAUAUUUCUAAUAAUUCUCUUUCUGGUCACAUUCCAAUGUCUUUAGGAAGAUCAUCAUCCUUGAAAUAUUUAUAUCUUUCUGGUAAUAACUUGAGCGGACCCGUUCCUGAAACUCUUGGACAACUUGCAAACCUAGAAGUAUUCUCCAUGUGUGAAAAUUCAUUACAAGGUGUUAUAUCUGAAGUUCACUUUGCCAACCUCACAAGACUAAGAGAAUUCAUUGGAGGGUUUAUUUCCCAUUUCUUAUGUUACAAGAUGGAGCAACCAAAGGAUUUGGAACUUCUUAAUCUCGAGGGGAAUCUUUUAUCAGGAGAAAUUCCCGAUUGUUGGAUGAGCUGGUUUGGUCUUGAAUUCUUGAGUUUAAGAAAUAACAAUCUAACUGAGUUAACAGUUAUGGACUUUGGUGAGAAUAAAUUUUCAGGAAGCAUACCAGCAUGGAUUGGAGAACGACUUGUGAAUCUCAAGAUUCUCAUCCUGCGUUCCAACAAGUUCCACAGCAACAUUCCAAAAGAACUUUGUGCACUCUUUUCGCUUCAAAUCUUGGAUCUUGCAAAUAACAAUUUAUGGGGAAGCAUACCAAAAUGUUUAAUGAAUAUAAGUGCCAUGGGCAUGAAGCUAGACUAA